AUGGAACAAGAAAUAAGAGUUGUUGUUCUUGGGUGGCAGAAAUCUGACAAAGCCUCAGUGAUAAACAGCAUUUUAGGUGUUGAAGUUGAGUCUGACAAAUUAUUUGUGAAAUCUGUGAGGAAAGACGGUGAAGUGAAUGGAAGGAAGAUAACUCUGAUCAACACUGCAUGUUGGUGGGAGAAUUUUGGUUUGCAAGACUCACCAGAGGUUGUUAAACAAGAGCUGGUUUGCAGUGUUUUCCUGUGUCCACCAGGACCUCACGUCUUUCUACUGGUCAUUAAUCUCAGUUUGCCUUUUACUGAAGAAAACAGACUCACCAUUGAGCAGCACCUUGGUCUCUUCGGUGAGAAAAUUUGGAGACACACCAUAGUGUUGCUUACACAAAACGAUUCACCGAAGGACAAAGAUCUUCUGCUGAUCAUACAGAGAUGUGGAGAAAGAUAUCAUGCCUUUGAUUUCAAAAACAAAAGUGAUGGAGUCAAAGAACUACUUGACAAGAUUGAUGAUAUUUUGGCAUCGAACAAUGGCAAGCAUUUUGAAACACAUGAUGACAUGCUGCAUGACAUGAAGAGAAAGAGGGAUGAAAAUGAAAGACGAGCAAAAGCCAGACAAGAAACAGUUCAGGGCAAAAGAGACCUACUGAAAGAAAUAAAAGCUGUGGCUCCGCUCUCAGAACUGAGAAUUGUUCUGCUGGGUUGGAUUGUGUCUGGGAAGAGUUCAACUGGAAACACCAUCUUCAAUCAUGAAUUAUUUCAGAUAGGAAGAACGCAAAAGUGUACAAGCCAUACUGGUGUUGUUAAUGGCAGAACAAUAACUGUGUUAGACACUCCAGGCUGGUGGAAGUAUUUCUCCUCUCAAUUCAACCCAGAAUUUGCACAGGCUGGAAUCCUGGAGAGUGUAGGCCAAUCGCAACAAAUGCAGUUCCCUCACGCCAUGAUCCUAGUGAUUCCUAUUGAUACUUCAUUCAAGAAUGAACAAAAAAGAAUCAUUAAAGAGUACAUGGCCACUCUUGGAGAAGACAUCUGGAGACACACUAUAGCUCUGUUCACAUGGGGCGACAGAUUUCCAGACAUCUCAAUCGAGCAGCACAUUGAGAGUGAAGGUGACGCCCUCCAGUGGCUGGUUGAGAAAUGCAGGAACAGAUGUCACGUCUUUGACAACUCAAACAAGAAUAACCCAGAUCAAGUCACAGAGUUGCUCCAGAAGAUUGACGAGAUGGUGGCAGAAAACAGUCUGUUCUGCUUCAAUACUCAGUGUGCUUCAGAAAAAAACAUUAAUGAGACUGACACACAACAAGAUGAGGAAAUAAGUCUGGAUGCUGACCAUGUGCUGCAAUUACUACAGCAAGAGUUUCACAACAGGAUUAAUGGGAUC